AUCCAAACGCUAAAGGCCUUGUUAUCUCCUCUCCUUCGAUGGCUUUGUCGCACUGGGGCGCGAUCUGGAACUUCACAAAGAAAGCGUUCUGAGUAUAUGCAACGACCGCAGAACGCGAAACCUUGCUUGGACUUGGGGAUAUGAACAAAUUUGAAUCUGCCGAGAAAGGAAGCCAUAGCGACGACUCGUCAACGACGCCUACGGUGGCCCAGCAAGUUCAUCCACAUCACCACACCGGCUUCAUUGUUCAUGCAGGACAAAAGAUCAAGCAUUUUGUUCAUCCUAAGGACGGGAGGAAGAUCCAUAUUGCUCAGCAUCCUGAACAGGAACAGAGCUUACGUCGAUAUCUGAGUGCAAUACACCCGGAAACUUCGUAUGAUAUCGUGAUUCACGGGAGUCCUGACCAUAUAGCAGUGUUACGGGAAAGCCAAGCACUCCGAGAUGAGGAACGAGCGCAGCUCAGGCUUCGCUACGGGGCGGAUUUUGACCGCUUCGAGAGGAUCAUUCAAGAACUGGACCACCUGAACAAAGAAUUGCACAUGGUUAGCGAGCAUGCCGUUCAGCUGGAUGCUAACUUCGAGAAAUUCGGUUAUAGCGCGCAUCUGCGAACCUUGCCGGCCAGCGGAACGACGUCUUCGUCGUCCUCCACGUUCGAAGGACACGACCACCAUGACGAGCAUGCGUCUACCGAAGACUACUAUAAAGCUCAGAAGAAACUAGGGCAGUCCCUGGUUUUCUUCAAGCGCCCAAUGAUGCGGCAGUACUUCCACAAAGGAUUACUCUGGCGGUCGCAGAGCUUUCAGGAAGUUGUUUCUUUCGAGCUCUUUGUGGAUUUGUUCUACGUCGGUAUCAUCGCAAUCGCGGGUGACGCUGCAUCUGAAACACCAAACGGCGAGAGCCUCCUCAAAUUCGUCGUCGUCUUUACUCUUGCCUGGAAGUUUUGGGGCGAUGUGUCCUUGUAUGUCAGCUGGUUCGACGCUGAUGACAUCCUCCGGCGGAUAAUUGUACUUUUUACUUUGACGUGUUUGCUUGGCUUCACCGUAAACAUAGGUGGUGCGUGGGAUACCACCUGGCCCGCUUUGGUGUCCUUCUAUCUGGCGCCGAAGUGGCUCAGCACCCUGUACUUCCUAUGGAUGGCGUACCUGAUACCAAUGGUACGCAACGCCAUGAUAAGCACUGCCGUCGUCACAUGGCUGCCGAGCGCAUUUUACAUAGCCAGCAUCCACGUUGGACAGUGGAAGCGCCAAGGACUCAUAUGGCCCGCGAUAUACCUGGAUCUUUUCGGACCGGCAAUGCUUGUGGUUCUUGAGCGAGGUCCGAAGUGGAUGGGCUCCAAAAUGCAGGCGUGGGCACGAAAGACGUACGACUUCAUUCCCGGUGCCAAUAUCGAACAUAAAAUUGAGCGCACCAAUGCUUUUGUUGCUCUCGUUUUCGGCUAUAGUGUCGUUGCUUUGUUAUACCAGAGCGCGGUAAAGUUUUCCUUAAACGCUUUCUACGGCAAGGCUGUCCUUUUUUUGAUCAUAUCGUUCACGUAUAACUGGAUAUACUUUGAAAUUGACGCAUUCAAUAUGCACACACAUGCGAUUCGAAGACACUUUUGGUCUUCUCUCCUGUGGCUGUCCGCGCAUCUGCCGUUCAUCAUGGCGUACGUCCUUGCCGGCGCUGCUCUAUCCAAGAUUGUCCUCGCUCACGAUCUGGGAAACGCGAGCUCCGAAUGGCUAGCAGAGCCCUACAAUGAGCGGUCCGAAGAAAAAAUUUCUCAAGGAUUGCGAUGGUAUUUUUGCGGUGGCCUUUCUGUCUCUAUGAUAUGCAUGACAUUCAUCUCCAUGUCUCAUACUUAUCGUACAAUACCAAACGUGCGGCUUCGCAAGGGUUUCCGGUUGCUCUACCGAUUUGCAGUGUCGAUAGCCAUUCUACUAUUACCACUUGCGCGCGAAAGCUUGAACAGCCUUCAGCUAGUUGGUACGUGCUGUGCACUAGUCGUUUCCAUCUUACUCUUGGAGAUACGCGGCUCUGCAUCUAGCGGCACAACAUUCUGGGGCAUAGAGGAAUUCCGCAGGAGGAAAGGGGGCUACUCCGCUCGAUGCCACGUUAGCAGAAAGGUGCUCGAAGAGAAUAUCAAAACAGGAAAAGUAGUCAAUGUCGAAGAUCUAGCGAAGAAGGAGAAGACCACCGAAAACGCUCGAGAAGGCUUCACCGUAUGAUUCUGUUAGGAAAAAAAAAAUCAAGAAUAUGAACCAUAGCGGCGUUU